UCGGGACGGACGAGCUUUCGGGCUGGUACCCGCCGUGCAUUGCGCCGGCGAGCUGGGACUACAUCUCCCAGAGCGCACUGCGCGAACAAUAGGGACGGUGGUUUACGGGCAAGGGCUACCGAAAAACUACAAAUCCCAUGUGACAUGACGCUUAAAGGAGCCGCGUCCUCACUCAGCUCCCGGCGCGAAGCGAGACAGCGGCUUGGCAGCCGGCGUGGGUUGUUUCUCACCAGGGGGCCGUUGAGGCGGUUGAUCGGACGCCCAAUAGGAGCAGGGGUAACGGCACGCGGCGCCACUGCUUUGGGCCGGCCCCGCCUGCGGCUCUAUGAACCGGGCAGCUGGAGGCAGCGGCAGCCGGAACCUAGAGCGGCCACCUCGCCCCAGCCCGCGGCCACCGCACCGAGGUAGGAGCGGGCCGGUUCUCCCUGCGCCGGGGAGGCUUGGCCGCUGCGGGAGGUUCGUCGCUCGCCAGUGAGAGCGAAAACGGGGCUGUUGGGCCGGGCAGCCCCGCCCUGGAGAGACCCGGACACGCACGGCCCAGCUUGCCCCGGGCAGCGCCCCGCCCCAGAGUGACCGAGCAUAAGUGUAUUCAAAAUGCAAAGAGCAUAUUGUAGAAGGCUUUGGAUUGUUCCUGGUUGCAUACAGUAAUACAAUGAAGGCAAUUGAGUUUAAUUGCCUAUGGAUACUGAUUUCACUGCUUUGCUGCCAGUUAUUGAACACUGCGGAACAUGAAGAUGUAGUAAAACAUGCAAUAAAGCUGCAUCGUGGGAAAGGUGCUGCUGUCACUCACAGAAAACAGUGGGUCUUAGAAAACUGUAGAAAGCUAUCUGGACUCCUUCGACAAAAGAACGUGGUUCUCAACAAACUAAAAAAUGCAAUAAGAUCCGUGGAGAAAGACUUGGUGUUGUCAGAUGAAGAGAAGCUUUUUCAGGUGCACACAUUUGAGAUUUUUCAAAAGGAGCUGAAUGAAAGUGAAAAUUCAGUCUUUCAAGCAAUCCAUGGACUCCAGAGAGCUCUUCAGGGUGAUUACAAAGAUGUUGUAAACAUGAAAGAAAGUAGUAGACAGAGAUUGGAGGCUUUGAGAGAAGCUGCAAUAAAGGAGGAAACAGAAUAUAUUGAACUUUUAGCAGCAGAAAAACAUCAGGUUGAAGCCCUUAAGAACAUGCAGCAUCAAAAUAAAAGCCUGUCCAUACUUGAUGAAAUUCUUGAAGAUGUUAGAAAAGCAGCCGAUAGGCUGGAAGAAGAAAUAGAAGAACAUGCCUUUGAUGAUAACAAAUCAGUGAGAGGUGUUAAUUUUGAAGCAGUGUUAAGGGUGGAAGAAGAUGAAGCAGACUCCAAGAGAAAUAUUUCAAAAAGAGAAGUAGAAGAUAACUUGGGUCUAAGCAUGCUUAUUGAUUCCCAAAACAAUCAGUAUAUACUUACCAAGCCCAGGGAUUCUACCAUCCCUCGUGCUGAUCACCAUUUCAUAAAGGAUAUUGUGAUGAUAGGAAUGUUAUCUUUGCCAUGUGGUUGGCUGUGCACAAUGAUAGGAUUGCCAACCAUGUUUGGAUACAUCAUUUGUGGAGUACUCUUGGGACCAUCAGGAUUAAACAGCAUUAAGUCUAUUGUACAAGUCGAGACAUUAGGAGAGUUUGGUGUGUUCUUCACUCUAUUUCUAGUUGGUCUGGAGUUUUCCCCUGAAAGGCUAAGAAAGGUGUGGAAGAUAUCUUUGCAAGGACCCUGUUACAUGACACUUCUGAUGAUUGCUUUUGGCUUACUAUGGGGACAUUUACUACAGAUUAGACCAACACAGAGCGUCUUCAUUUCUACCUGUUUGUCUUUAUCCAGCACACCCUUAGUAUCCAGAUUCCUUGUAGGGUGUGCCCGAGGAGAUAAAGAAGGUGAUAUUGAUUACAGUAGUGUACUGCUUGGCAUGUUGGUAAUGCAGGAUGUACAGCUUGGUUUAUUUAUAGCUGUUAUGCCAACCCUUAUUCAAGCAGGAGCCAGCACUUAUUCCAGCAUUGUCAUGGAAAUACUGAGAAUACUGAUACUGAUUGGCCAAAUUCUCUUUUUUUUGGCUGCUGUUUUUCUUAUCUGUCUUGUUAUAAAGACUUAUCUCAUAGGACCAUAUUAUCGUAAGUUGCAUGCAGAGAGUAAAGGGAAUAAAGAAAUCCUCAUUUUAGGAAUAUCUGCUUUCAUCUUUCUUAUGUUAACGAUCACAGAACUUUUGGAUGUUUCAAUGGAAUUGGGAUGCUUCUUAGCUGGAGCAUUAAUCUCUUCUCAGGGUCACAUGAUUACUGAAGAGGUUAUGUCCUGUAUUGAACCAAUACGUGACUUUCUUGCCAUCAUUUUCUUUGCAUCUAUAGGGCUUCAUGUUUUUCCUACUUUUGUGAUAUAUGAACUCACAGUCUUGCUAUUUCUUACAUUAUCAGUGGUAAUAAUGAAGUUUGUUUUGGCAGUGCUUGUCCUUUCUCUGAUUCUGCCAAAGAGCAGCCAGUAUAUCAAAUGGAUUGUCUCAGCAGGGCUGGCACAAGUCAGUGAGUUUUCUUUUGUUCUGGGAAGUAGAGCACGUAGAGCAGGGAUCAUUUCUCGAGAGGUCUACCUCCUUAUUUUGAGUGUAACUACUCUAAGCCUUUUGCUUGCCCCAGCACUGUGGAGAGCUGCAAUUAUGAAAUGUGUACCAAGACCAGAAAGACGAUCAAGUACCUGACAAGACUUGUAUGGAAAUAAUACAUUUAUUUGGAAAGAAUCUCCUCAUUGCUCAUUGUGUUUCUAUGCAGCUAGAAAAUUGGAGGUUUUGAUAUUCCUGCACAUGCACUUGUUUUUGAGCCUUAUACUGAUUUUAAGAAACAAAACACUACAUUAAAAAUGUCUGGUAUUUUAAUGAUUGCACAGCUUUUACAAGAAACUUUGUCACAUAUUAGAAUCUAUGAGAAUAUUUUUUUUUAUUUUGAUCCAAUCAGUUACUGAGUAGAAAUUAUUUUUUUAAAUAUUGCAUCGUGCAAAUCAUCUUGAAUAUUUUGACUGGAUGUGCCUUCUUAUUACAUUGAUUUUCAUCUUGUAUUACUCGUAUAUCACAAAGUUUUGUUAAUAAAAGAAGGGAAGAAAAAAGAAAAUUCAAGUUAUUUAUGGUGCCCAUGGUACCUACUUACAAUAACUCUUGAAUGUUGAUUACAUUUCUUAAAGAACUAAUAUGUUUGUCUGACAGCCAUAAAAUAUAUUUCCUGUGGUGUAUAAACAUCACACUUUACGGCAAAGAUUAGGUUUAACAACUCUAGCUUUCAUCUGUUUUAAGCAUUAAAAUAUAAAGUAUACCCUAAAAUUAUGCAGUCAGUGUUGUAUGAUAUUGUACUCUUGAUUUUUGUUACAUCUUUUGAAACAGAUGUUACUUAUUUGCUUAGGGUUGUAACUUUGAUUCUCAUAAUUUUUAGUCAGAAAUGUAGUCAAUAAAUAACUGAUCAGGUAUCGUCCUCACUUUUAAAUAGUUUUAAGAUUCGCUCCAAUUAUCAACCUCUCCUGUUAUCAUUAUACUGAUUGCUUACACUUUUAAAAUUGAGAUCAAAAUAAAAUAGAACAACAAAAAAGCCUAAAUAUUUCAGAACUGAAAAUAGAUAUCAAAUCAUUUCAGUGGCUCUCUCAAAAUUCUUUAGGAUGCAUGUAGUUAAAUUAUUUUACAUUAAAAAUGAUUGUGGAAAUUAUGUUACACAAAAGGAAGGACUAUCUGAAUAUGUUUUGAGAACCUGCAUAACUCACAACUUUACAUUUAUAUUGAGUAAAAUUGCAAGCAACUUAAAGUAAUAGUAAUAUACAAUAUAAAUGUUUUAAUUUGUGAUAUAUGUAUGUGCUUAUGUUUUAACAAAUUCUUAUAAUUUAGUCUGUGUAGUAAAGUACUCCUUGUGAAGCCCACUCUUUAAAUGUCAUAGCAUAAAUGAACAGACUGUAGUUUACUCUGAUAAACUAUGAAGAUUCAGUUUUGACUGUUUUUUAUGUUAAAAAUGGUUUUAUUAAAAUAGAAAGAUGUAAUUGCAUUGCCAUAUUAAAUACGUUUUGUGAGUCAAAUUAGAAAAAAUGCACAUUACAUAUGAAUUGUAGCAUUUCUUAACUUGCUAAUGAAAUCUUGCUAAAAAAAUCGACUAUCUGAAGCCCUAUUCAGUUAAUAAACUUUACCAUCUUUAACAGAAAAGAACUUGGAAGACUG